AUGGGAUUGUCUUUCACGAAGCUGUUCAGCCGGCUGUUUGCCAAGAAAGAGAUGCGUAUACUUAUGGUAGGUCUCGAUGCGGCUGGUAAGACCACCAUUCUUUAUAAGCUCAAGCUUGGAGAGAUCGUCACCACCAUUCCUACAAUCGGGUUCAAUGUGGAAACAGUUGAAUAUAAGAAUAUCAGCUUCACUGUCUGGGAUGUCGGGGGUCAGGACAAGAUCCGUCCUCUGUGGAGACAUUACUUCCAAAAUACACAAGGCCUUAUUUUUGUGGUUGAUAGCAACGACAGGGAUCGUGUUGUUGAAGCUAGAGAUGAGCUGCAUAGGAUGUUGAAUGAGGAUGAAUUGAGAGAUGCCGUGCUUCUAGUUUUUGCAAACAAGCAAGAUCUUCCAAAUGCUAUGAAUGCUGCUGAGAUAACUGAUAAGCUUGGUCUUCAUUCUCUUCGUCAGCGUCACUGGUACAUCCAGAGCACAUGUGCCACAUCUGGUGAAGGACUUUAUGAAGGACUUGACUGGCUCUCAAACAACAUUGCAAACAAGGCAUAG